AUGGCCGAGGACGAUGAUUCCGAUUCGAGCUCGAUCGCGCUCGAGUGCCCGCUGGAGACGAUGUUGGAUCCCACGCUCGCGGGCGACGUGAGCAAGGCGUCGACGAUUGAGUUGUUGUCGGCGAUGAGCGCGCGGGAGUUGUGUCGAACGAGCGACGCGUGCGCGUGCGCGAGGGGGUGUCGGUUUAAAAAGUACGUCGAUUGCGAUGAGCUGUGGUGGCCCAAGUGCGCCGAGGCGUGGUACGAACCGGGAGAGGCGCCGCGGUGUCCGGGGAAGGCGCCGAAGGAUAAGAAGAGUUGGAAGAACGCGUAUCUGGCGUUGCGGCCGGAGGACGGGCCGACGCCGGCGGAGACGGCGAGACGGGAGGCGAAAAUUGCAAAGCGCGAGGCGUUGAUGGAGAAAUGGAGGGAGGAGAACGCGGCGGGCGGCGGGGCGAUGCGCGGUCGGGCGAUCGGCGUGGGAGACGUGACGGCGCCGACGAAUAUGAGCGAUAAGGCGGCGAUGCGGGCGUUUUACAAGAGCGUGCGCGCGAAGCCGCGAGGUAAGAGCGCGCGCGGCUCCUACGCCCCGGUUCCGGGUCCGUUCACGGAGGAUUAG